AUUUAAAGGCUCCUUGGAUUGGAAAACUGUCAUUAUCCAGUGAAUGACAGACGGCUUAACUCUAGGAAUAUUACACCUGGGAGAAAGGUUGGCGCAAUUUAGAGUUUUCCUCGCAGCAUCAGUGUUUCCCCCAUCAUGAGGAGGUCUAUUGUUUUCCCUGGUUCGCUGAGAGUAGCGAUCUUCUUCCUCUGCCUGAACACAACCAUCCAGGCCCUGGCCCUCACCAACUCCACCCGGCUCGAGUCCAUCCUGAACAAGUACACAAACAAAGAUGAGGAGUGGUGGAGGGCCAAGCCUAGAGGCAGGAGGGCCAUCAGCGAGGGAGACAUGCACCUCAUCCUGGACCUGCACAACAAACUGCGGGGUCAGGUCUACCCUCCUGCUUCCAACAUGGAGUACAUGGUUUGGGAUUACGAGUUGGAGAGGAGUGCAGAGCACUGGGCUCACAGCUGCAGAUGGGAACAUGGACCGAGUCACAUGCUGACACAAAUAGGCCAAAACCUCGGAGCACACUGGGGCAGGGACCGGCCCCCAACCUACCAUGUCCAGGCCUGGUAUGAUGAGGUGAGGUAUUAUAGCUAUCCCUACGCCCAGGAGUGCAACCCACACUGUCCAUUCAGGUGUUCGGGACCUUUGGACCCUUGCUCUUUGUCUGGCACCGGCACCUAG